AUGGUUCCUGGCCCUUCUAGUCCUCCUUGCAAGAAGCUAGGGCAGCAAAUUUGGAAAGCCCCGAUCCAUAAUAGAGUGAGGAAUUUCCUGUGGAGAGCUGCAAAGAACAUUUUUCCUACAAAGCAAAAUUUGAUGAAGAAAGGCAUCAGGUUAGAUUCCAUAUGCUCUCUUUGUAAUAAGGAUGUGGAAAAUGUUCAUCAUCUUUUUAUGGAGUGUGAGUUUGCAAAGACUUUCUGUUUUUCCUCUGUUCUAAGCUAUAGAACCCCAAAAAAUAUUGAGUUUAAUGACUGGCUUCUGAGUAUCCUCUCUUGUGGAGAUGUACUUAGUUUGCAAUUACUCUGUACCCUGGUGUAUAAAAUUUGGCUGAGUCGAAAUCUUAAAUUGUACCAAAUGAAGGAUUCAUUGCCAGUUACAGUUGCGAAGGAAGCGGUGGACAGUAUGGUGGAGUUCAAUAAUUGGAAUGUUGUUAGCAGAAGGGAGAAUUUGGAAAAAAUUGCUUCAGAGCCAAGUAAAAAGGAGAUCAUCAUCAAAAAAAUAUCAAUUACUGCUUGCAAAAGAGAAGAGGUUUCAGUUGAGGUUGCAGUGGGAGAGGAAAUGGCAAUCCGGUGGGGUCUAUACUUGGCAAAGGAGUUGCAGUUGGAAAGAAUAGUGCUAAAGACAGAUGCAAGGGUGGUGGUAGAUUGUGUUACUGAUGUUCGAAAGCUUGCAGUUUUGGUGCCUGUAGUUCUAGACAUUAAAUCCAUGCUAAGUUGUUUUAAUUUCUCUUCCCUUUUGUUUCAUAGUAGAAGUUGUAAUGUUGAAGCCCAUAACUUGGCUAGAUUUGCUUAUGUGGUAGGCUCUAAGUCAUGGAUUAGAGAGUAUCCAUCUAUGGAGGCCUUCUCUGAUGUACCAAUUGCUGUUUUAUUUCAUUAA